UCCUUUUAUUUUUAUUUAUUUUAUAGCUAAAAUUAAAAUGGCGUACUGUAUGAGUAAAAAAAGUGAUAGAUUUAAAUUUAGUUGCAAAAGAAUAACCUAUCGCACGGUGAAGUCAGCUUUAUCUGGAGAGCGAGGUCUGUGAUGGCUGCUGAAGAACUUAUGUCAAAAAUUCCAACCUUUAAGGAAGCAGAUUUACUAGCUGCACCAAUCACAUCGCUGGAAACAUUGAAAUCGCAAGCAUGUGAAAAAAUGAAGUAUAAGAUGGAGUUAUAUGUUACAUACUUACAAACAACUUUCGUGAAUAAAGUUUCAGAGUAUGAAAUAAAUAAAAGGUUUGUUAUUGAUAGAUGGAAUCGUGAAAAGGGUGGAGGUGGUAUAACUUGUGUCUUACAAGAAGGUGAUGUGUUUGAAAAAGCUGGUGUAAAUAUGUCAGCUUUGUGGGGAGAGAUGAGUGAAGCACAUGUGAAGGCUUUAAGAAGUCGUGGAAAAGACAUACGUUUCGAAGAAACAAACAAUUAUUUUACAACAGGAAUGACUUGUAUACUUCAAGCAGUGAACCCUUUUGUACCUACUUUUCACAUCAACAUCCAUUUCUUUGAAGUUAUUGACAGCACAGGGAAAUGUACAUGGUGGUUUAGCUGCAGUGCAAACCUUAUCCCGAAUUAUUUGUGUGAAAAGGACUUUACUGAAUUUCAUGACAUUCUUAAAAGUAUUUGUGAUCAACUCGAUGAGUGUGCUUAUGAGAAAUACAAGAAAUCUGCAGAUGGCUACAAUUACAACGUACAUCGAGAGGAACAUUGUGGUAUUGGAGGCAUUUUUGUUGAAGAUCUCUUUUCAGAGUGUGUUAAUAAAUGUUUUAGUUUUAUUGCCAGCUGUGGCGAUAUUAUAUUUCCAUUGUACUUGGUCAUAGUUGAUCGUCAUAUAAAGGAAAAGUAUACAGAAGAUCAUGUGAAAUGGCAACAAUUACGAAGAGGGAGGUUUGUAGAAUAUGUACUCUGUUAUGGUCGUGGAACAAAGUUUGGUCUGCGAACGCCUGGUGUUCGCAUCGAAAGUGUGUUAAUCACCAUGCCCCUCAUCGCUCGUUGGGAGUAUAUGCCAGUAGUUGGAAGUGAAGAAGAAGCCAUGUUGGAAGUUUUAAAAAAGCCAAAACAAUGGAUCAGCACCGUCAGCAGUAGAUAGAAUUUAAAAAAUGUGAUAAAUUUUUUUCUUUUUUGUAGAGUAUUAGAGAAAGCUACUUUUGAUGGUCAGUAUCUACAGACCUUGAUCACUGAUAAUAAUCGGAUAUGUUGUGCUUUUGAAAUUUCUAACUAUAAAGCCUGCUUUCCACUUUUGACGAUCUUACAGCCUAGUUACAGAGAGAGUGGGCAAGAAAUGCUGCAGCAUUUUUAUUUUUUAUUUUAAUUGACAAGAUGGAUUGUGAAAAAUGCAUUGAAAAUAAUUUCAACUUUGCGAUUUAGAAAGUUCUUUAAUUAAAGAAUUCAAUUGCUUAAUCAGUAAAUGAAUUAACAAAAGCUGUAUGUAGCAUGUAUGUAUCUUAUUUGUACCAGUUUUUUGCAUGGCUUUUAUUUGGAAUGGGUUAAAAUGAUUUUUUUUGGCGUGAAUGUAAUUUAGCAAUGUUGGAAAAAAUUAAAUUUGGUGGGGAUUCGAUUUGCCAGACGCAAAAAUGUUUAUUUAAAUAGUUUAAAUAAUUGCUAGUUCCAUACGCUGAACUAAUAAAAGCAUAAAAAAAUUUCUUUUCACAAAACACAGAUGUCACAGAAGCGCAAAGAAAAAAGUGUUAGUUUUUGUAAUAUAUGCUCAAAAUGUUAAGUGAAAAGCAGCUGUGGAGCUUGGGUAUACUGGUUCAUUUAACAAGUCAUAUACAAAGUCUGCGUCAAUUAUCCCUUUAUAGUGGAUUGUGAGAGUUUUUCGUUGUUAUAAGGUUUUAUAUCUGUAAAUUCUUAUAGAUACGUGUCAGUAAAAAUGAUAGGAGAAAGUAAAAAUAUAGGAAAGAGAAGACUAUAUUAAUACAGUAAUGUAAAUUUAGCAAAAAUGUAUCGUUUAAAAUUCUGUCCUCUCUAUCUAAUGGAUGAUUUUUUUCCGAUUAAUUUUGCUGCGAGACAUGAAAACAAAACAAAAGGAUAGCAUUCCACACUUUUUUUAUAAUUUUUUAUGUAAAUCAAUUUUUAAUUUUUAUUUUGAAUGUAGCUUAUACAGCAUUAAUAUAUACUAUAUACUGGAAACUUAAUAUUUGUUAGCUGCAAAUUUUUUAUGUUGUCUUUAAACAUGAUUGUUUUCCAA